AUGUCAGAUCAAUGUGAUGGUUUACAAGGUUUCUUAUUCACCCACUCCUUAGGUGGUGGUACUGGUUCAGGUUUCGGUGCUUUAUUAUUAGAACAAUUAAGUUUAGAAUAUGGUAAAAAAGCUAAGUUAGAAUUUGCUGUUUACCCAGCUCCACAAAACUCAACAUCAGUUGUUGAACCAUACAACACUGUUUUAACCACACAUACAACUUUAGAACAUGCUGACUGUACUUUCAUGAUUGAUAAUGAAGCCACUUAUGAUAUUUGCAGAAGAAACUUAGAUAUCCAAAGACCAAACUUUGCCAACUUAAACAACAUGAUUGCUCAAGUUGUCUCAUCUGUUACCGCUUCAUUACGUUUUGAUGGUUCAUUAAACGUUGAUUUAAACGAAUUCCAAACCAAUUUAGUCCCAUACCCAAGAAUUCAUUUCCCAUUAGUUGGUUAUGCUCCAGUUGUUUCAAACUCAAGAUCAUCCCACGAAUCUAACUCUGUUUCAGAAAUUACUAAUUCUUGUUUUGAACCAGGUAACCAAAUGGUUAAAUGUGACCCAAGAGUUGGUAAAUAUAUGGCUACUUGUUUAUUAUACAGAGGUGACGUUGUUACAAGAGAUGUUCAAAAUGCUGUCGCUCAAGUUAAAACCAAGAAAACCGUUCAAUUGGUUGAUUGGAUUCCAACCGGUUUCAAAAUUGGUAUUUGUUACCAACCACCUACUGCUCCACCAACCUCAGAUUUGGCUUCUGUUUCAAGAGCUGUUUGUAUGUUAUCAAAUACUACUGCUAUUGCUGAAGCUUGGAGAAGAAUUGAUAGAAAAUUCGAUCUUAUGUAUUCCAAACGUGCUUUCGUCCACUGGUAUGUUGGUGAAGGUAUGGAAGAAGGUGAAUUCACUGAAGCUAGAGAAGAUUUAGCUGCAUUAGAAAGAGAUUAUGAAGAAAUUGGUUAUGACCAAGUUGAACAAGAAGGUGAAGAAGAAUAUUAG